UUUUUUUUUUUUUUUUUUUUUUUUAACCGACCUGGCCUUUGCCCACGAGGAUACUUGCCGACUUAUAUCGUGUCCACCAAUAAUCUCUACCAUCAUCCUAGUUUCUAUUCGGUGAUAGAGACAUAUCAGUCAUUCCGCUGUAGGAAAUACGUGCCACGGCUUGGGUUGCUUAGAAAUAUUCGUCCUUCCAAUCCCCGACUGUGCUUGCACAAGAGACGCCGUAGACCUCCCAUCCGACAUUCAUUCUCCCCGGCACGUAGCUUAAUACUAGUAUCGACCCUCAUUAACAAUGGCUACUCCCGAAGCCCAACGACAAUACGUCCCGUUGACUUGUCACGGCCAUUCGCGCCCCGUUCCACAUAUCAGCUUUUCCCCGUUGGAGAAGGAUGACAUGUAUUGGUUGAUAUCGGCUUGUAAAGACGGUAACCCCAUGCUUCGAGAUGGUCAAACUGGCGACUGGAUCGGUACAUUCAUAGGCCAUAAAGGUGCAGUUUGGCAGGCCAGGCUCAGCCCCGACGCAUCGACUGCUGCUACGGCAUCUGCAGAUUUCACCGCGAAGAUAUGGGAUACCCAUACCGGCGAGCUCUUAUUCACCCUCCAACACGAUCAUAUCGUACGCGCAGUUGCUUACCCGCCGGAUAAUUCCGACCUCGUCGCUACUGGUGGUAUGGAAAAGAAGCUUCGCAUUUUCGACUUGACCGAGAUGAAGCCUAAGUCCGCGCCUGAAGCUGCCGCAAACGGUAGCAGUGCUGACGCUGCCGUUGUAUCGUCUACUAUUCAAGCCUCUUCAGCCUUCGAGAUCGGGGCUGGCAUCCAUACUGGUUCGAUUAAGUUCAUUGUCUGGACUAAGGAUCCCAAUAUCUUGAUUACGGCAUCCGACAACACUCUACGUUGGUUCGACUUGCCUACUCGGAGUGUUGUGAAGCAGGAAGUCUUGGACGGAGAAAUUGGGUCCUGCGAAUUCUCUGCGUUGGCCCCCGAAUACAGCUCCAAGACGGAUAUUGGUGAAGGACUGCCGGUCCUGGCAGUAGCUGCCGGCAAGUCUAUAUACUUCUGGGGCGGCUUUCGCGCCAUGGACGAGUUGAAGCGUUCGAAGAUGAAUUACAAGGUGGCUAGCGUUGCUGUGGACCCCAAGGGUAGGAGGAUUGUGGUUGGUGAAGAUAUUCCAGCUACUUGGGCGAGAGUUUACCGAUGGGACGAUGAUGCUGAGAUAGAUAUCCAUAAAGGUCAUCAUGGACCCGUCUGGUCUGUUGCCUUUUCACCGGAUGGGAAGCUGUACGCCACCGGCUCCGAGGACGGAACUAUCAAGAUGUGGAAGAAUUGCGAGGGAUUCUAUGGCCUUUGGCGUGGAGGUGCUAAUGUAGCAACCGAACGAAGUGCCGAAUAGUAUGGUGCACCUCAUCGACGAACUUCAACCAAUUCUAGCCGAAAUAGUACGGAUAUAUCGACGGAUUCCUCUAGAGGUACACUGUGAGCGGCAUAGCCCGACACAUUAGAGAAAAUACCGUCCAACCGAACAAUUGGGCACAAUGCCCCAAGGGGCUUAUGAGUACAAAAGCAUGCAUCAAAUAAGGGGUAUCUUUAGGGGUCUUGGACCACGAAUAGAUGAGUUACCCGGGUCAUGUCCACUAAUUAAUUACCUUAUACUUAUGAGGUGUAUGAGGAUGACAUUCAAGCAGAGAACCGUUGUAUCAUAUUCCCUAGAAAGAGGUAUAGAUGUGAAAAUAGAACCAGAGCAGUCUACGAGUAUAUACUCAUAAUAAUGCAAUGCGGGGUUUUUUUUCCAUGUCUCCGGCGGCCUUACGACUGUGAUGAGUAGGCGAUAACUGUGACUACGAUACCAUUCGAUUUGUCGCCAUACAAUUUGAGCUUUAUCCCUUCCAGAUGGCUGCGACAUGAUGUUAAAUAAUGCUUAGGUAAAUAUGCG